CUCCUACAAAUAGGCCAAACUAUGGCUAAUAUGCUGAACAUUCCAUUCAUACGAGCAAAUGCGCUUGUAAAACAAACAGGCUAUAAUAAAGAAAAUGAAUCUGUUUAGGGCCAGCUUAUUCCCCGCAGUGUCCAUCCAUAGACGUCCUAUUUUGGAGGUGGGAUGGUUUUAGUGAGGGUUUCAAAUGACCGAGCGGCUCCUCUGUGCGCGCUCUCUCGCUACAGAGCGGUGGUGACGUGUGCGCGCUCGCGCGGAUCCCCCGCCUGCACCGCUGAGUUUGGGGAGGGUGAACGAGCGGGAGAAAAAGGGGGGCAAAAGAAUCCCCCAUCAAUCUGCCCCUACCCCCAGCCGAAGCCCAGGACCUGAAAGAAAAGAUCUGCUCCAGCUCCGGGACGCGGCGGAGCGGCGAUCGACCGACAUUUAAACCUCGUUUUAAAGCGCGUUCGCGGAGUUCCGUGCGCUCUUGGAGAGUUUACGCACGCACGCCGUCGACAUGGCAUGGAUAACUGUUUACUCCGGGUGAAAACUUCGCGUUCCUGAGGAGUUAUUUGGAGUUUUUUGCUUUGCUUUACAUGGAUGCGCCGUUGAGAGGAAUUAUAUGGUCGCACCGCAUCUGCAUCGAUCCCAAGUGAAGUUGCGUGGACGCGCGUGGAAGAGUUAGUGCCAAACGUCCAGCGUGCCGACCCCUCGUCUCCAGCCUGCGGGGCCGCCGGCUCUCCAGCCAGGUCAAAGGUCAUCUGCGUCAUGAUGCCAACCGGUCACCUGCCCAUCCUGCUCUCCCUGAGCGCCCUGCUGCUGUCUCCGCUGCUCACCGGCUCCUUAGCCUUAUCUUCACCCAGGUUUACAAAAGUACCUGUAGACAUGAUCGGCGUCUCCGGAGGUGUUGUAUCCUUCGUUUGCCAAGCCACAGGUGACCCCAAACCCAAAGUAACCUGGAACAAGAAAGGGAAAAGGGUGAACUCGCAACGCAUCGAGACGAUAGAGUUUGAUGAAGGUGCAGGAGCCGUCCUGAGGAUCCAGCCUCUCCGGGCGCCUCGAGACGAGAACGUCUACGAGUGUCAGGCGGAGAACAGCGAAGGCGAAAUCAAUGUCCAAGCCAAGCUGUCCAUCAUCAGAGAGGACCUACUUCCUCCUGGCUUCCCUAACAUUGACAUGGGCCCACAACUGAAGGUGGUGGAGCGAACGCGUACUGCUACCAUGCUCUGCGCCGCCAGUGGAAACCCUGACCCAGAAAUCACCUGGUUCAAAGACUUCCUUCCCAUCGACCCCAACACAAGUAACGGCCGAAUAAAACAACUCCGAUCAGAAGCCUUUGAGGGUACGCCUAUCCGAGGUGCCCUGCAGAUAGAAAACACUGAGGAAACCGACCAGGGGAAGUACGAGUGUGUGGCGUCAAAUGUGGAAGGCGUCCGAUACUCUUCCCCUGCCAACUUGUAUGUGCGAGAGCUUCGAGAAGUUCGUCGCGUGCCCCCACGUUUCUCCAUCCUGCCCACCAGCCAAGAGAUCAUGCCGGGCGGGAGCGUCAACAUCACUUGUGUCGCCGUGGGCUCGCCGAUGCCCUACGUCAAGUGGAUGCUUAACUCGGAGGACUUGACGCCUGAGGAUGAGAUGCCAGUGGGCAGGAACGUUCUGGAGUUGAACAGCGUCCGCGAGUCAGCCAACUACACCUGCGUGGCCAUGAGCAGCCUGGGCAUCAUUGAGACUGUGGCCCAGAUCACUGUCAAGUCCUUGCCAAAACCUCCGGGCACCCCUGUCGUAACUGAAACCACUGCCACCAGUAUCACCAUCACCUGGGACAGUGGGAAUCCUGAGCCUGUCUCUCAUUACAUCAUCCAGUAUCGCGCCAAGUCUCCCGAGAGCAAGUUUGAGACUGUGGACUCCAUCACCACCACUCGCUACAGCAUUGGAGGACUUUCUCCCAACACGGAUUAUGAGAUCCGCGUUUCAGCCUUCAACACCAUUGGGCAAGGCCCACCCAGCGAACCGGUGGAGGCUCGGACUGGAGAGCAAGCUCCCGCCAGCCCGCCAAGAAACAUCCAAGCCCGAAUCAUCUCGCAGAACACUGUGUUGGUACGCUGGGAUGAGCCGGAUGAGCCCAAUGGACAGAUCAAAGGUUAUCGGGUCUACUACACCAUGGACCCAACUCUCCCCAUGAGCAUGUGGCAGAUCCACAAUGUCCAGGACAGCGUGCUCACCACCAUUCAGAGUCUGGUGACCUCUGAGACCUACACCAUCAGAGUUCUGGCUUUCACAUCUGUUGGAGAUGGACCUUUCUCAGAUCCCAUUCACGUCAAAGUGCUUCAAGGAGUCCCAGGACAGCCGACCAAUUUCCAGGUCGGAGAGGUGUCAGACACGGGUGUUGAGCUGACGUGGGAACCAGCCUUUGAGAAAGAGGGAAUCAUCAGUUACGAACUGCAUUACAAAGAGGGCAAAGAUGGACCUCUGGGUAAGAAAAAAUUUGCUCCGACCUCUUCCUUUGUGGUGGACGGCCUACGUCCGAAUACGGAGUACUUCUUUUCUCUGGCUGCCGUCUCCAGCAAGGGCAUUGGAGCCUUCACCAACGACUUAGCCCAGACGACGUCUCAAGCCAAGCCCUCCGCCCCCCCUCAAGACAUUAAGUGCUCCAGCUCCAGCUCCACCGUCCUGAUGGUAAGUUGGCGCCCUCCGCCGGCAGAAAGCCAAAAUGGGGAGCUGGCCGGGUACAUUGUGCGCUACGCGGUGGUGGGCGCCGGAGCCGAGGUCAGCACGGAGCAUGUGGAGGCGCCCACGUCCGACCAGAUCCUGUUGCAACGGCUGGAGAAAUGGACUAUGUACCGGGUCACCGUGGCGGCCUCCACCAGUGUGGGUUCGGGCCCUGAGAGCGAGCCUCUGCUCUGCCGGACUGAUGAGGACGUCCCCGGGGCCCCGCCGCGCCGCGUGGAGGUCGAAGUGCUCAACUCCACUGCCAUCAAGGUGAUGUGGCGCUCCUUACUGCCAGGAAAGCAGCACGGGCAGAUCCGGGGGUACCAAGUGCACUACGUCCGAGUGGAGAACGGUGAAUCCCGUGGCCUCCCGCUCAUCAAGGACGUCAUGCUAGCUGAUGCACAGUGGGAAAUGGACGACACAGCUGAAUACGAGAUGGUCAUCGGGGGCCUGCAGCCCGACACCACGUACUCCAUCACGGUGGCAGCCUACACCACCAAAGGAGACGGAGCCCGCAGCAAGCCCAAGCUGGUGCUCACCAAAGGAGCAGUACCAGGGCCUCCUUUUCUCUCCGUCAACCAGAACUCAGAGUCUACUGCAAUAAUCCGCUGGCAACCCCCAGAUUACGUUGCUCCUGGCCUCGAGGUGCAGGGGUACCGGCUACAGUUUGGCCGAAAAGAUGUGAACCCCCUGGCUACGCUGGAGUUUGGCCCGCAGGAGCUGGAAUAUUCCAUUAGCAAUAUCCACCGAGGGGCUACGUACAUCUUCAAAGUGUCCGCCAAGUCCAAGUCAGGAUUUGGUGAAGAGGCAACUCAAGAACUAAGAGUCCCGGAAGAGGUUCCUCGAGGGUAUCCUCAAAUAACCGAAGGGUCCAACAUCACCUGCUGCUCAGUCCAGUUCUCCUGGCUCCCUCCGGUGCUGGCGGAGCGCAAUGGCGCUAUAACAGAAUACACCCUAUCAUAUCAGGAGGCCGGAACAAUCAGUGGACCUAAGGAAUUGCGCCUGCCGGCCGAUGAGAACAGUUACAUCCUAAACAGCCUGAGGCCCAACGCAGUAUACGAUGUGAAAAUUCGAGCGCACACCAGCGUAGGUCCAGGGCCCUACAGCCCACCGAUCCAGUAUCGAACAGUGGCCUAUGAAGCAGAUGUUCCUAGGAACUUCACUGUAAAGCUGGUCACCAAGACAACAGUUCUGCUUUCCUGGAAGUUCUAUGAUAGCCGUUUCCCAUAUAAAUGCACGAUCGAGUACCACCGGCAGAAGUCUGACAUUGACGCGAGGAUGACGAAAACUCUCAUCACAAACUUGCGACCCAACACAACCUAUGAGUUCAGAAUCAGCUGCCAGGACAGUAGCGAUGGUGGACCCAAACACAAGCUUGUUGCCCGAACUGCGCCACAUAUUCAGAUCCGAAAGCCUGAGUUAGACCUGAAAAGAGAGUCAGAGAGUACACUGACCAUUGUCUUCCCACCGCUGGAAACAAAAGACUUGAUCAAAGCAAUCUAUGUCGUGGUGGUUCCUCUAAAGAAGGGAAAAGGACCGAUGCGCCACAUCAAGAGCCCAGAUGAGCUGGACCUGGAAGAGCUGUUGGGUGAACGAAGGCUCGGUCUACAUCACUCCGGAACCACCCGUCAGCUCAAACAGGUGGACGGGAAACGGCCCUACAUCGCUGCCAGCUUCAAGCCCUCAUCCAUGCCACCGUCCUUCACUUUGGGCAACCAGAUGAUGUACGGCAGCUUCGAGAAUCGUGCUUUGGACCGCGGGCAGGAAUAUGUGCUGUUCAUUCUGGCCGAGCUCAACACCACCGGCGUGAAAGCGUUUGUAUCCAGCCCCUACACAGACCCAAUCAUGGCCCCCGAUUUGGACCCUCAGCCGUUGGAGUCAGGAGGAGAUGGCCUCAUCUGGGUGGUUGGACCUGUCCUCGCUGUGGUCUUCAUAAUCUGUAUCGUGAUUGCCAUUCUCCUCUAUAAGAACAGCAAGCCUGACAGCAGCAAACGUAAAGAGUCGGAGCCGCGGACCAAAUGCCUGCUGAACAACGCCGAUAUCACGCCUCACCAUCCCACAGAUCCCGUCGAGAUGAGGAGAAUCAACUUCCAGACGCCAGAUUCGGGUCUGAGCAGUCCUGUCAGCGAAGCCGGUUUUGACUAUGAAAGUAUGAUGAACCACCCGCCCAUACCCAUCUCAGAACUAGCCGAGCACACAGAGCUACUGAAGGCCAACGACAACCUGAAGCUCUCCCAGGAGUACGAGUCCAUCGAUCCGGGUCAGCAGUUCACCUGGGAGCAUUCCAACCUGGAGGUCAACAAACCCAAGAACCGCUACGCCAACGUCAUCGCCUACGACCACUCCCGCGUAAUCCUGGCACCCAUCGAAGGAAUCACAGGUAGCGACUAUAUCAAUUCCAACUACAUCGACGGCUACAGGAAGCAGAACGCAUAUAUAGCCACGCAGGGACCACUGCCGGAAACCUUCGGAGACUUCUGGAGGAUGGUGUGGGAGCAGCGAGCUGCAACGGUGGUCAUGAUGACCAGGCUGGAGGAAAAGUCACGGAUAAAGUGUGACCAGUACUGGCCAAGUAGAGGGACGGAGACCUACGGGAUGAUCCAAGUCACUCUUCUGGACACUAUCGAACUCGCCACCUUCUGUGUGCGCACAUUCUCCUUGCACAAGAAUGGUUCCAGUGAAAAGCGAGAGGUUCGACAGUUCCAGUUUACCGCCUGGCCGGACCACGGCGUUCCCGAGUACCCUACUCCAUUCCUGGCCUUCCUCAGGAGGGUGAAGACGUGCAAUCCACCGGAUGCCGGACCCAUCAUCGCCCACUGCAGUGCUGGUGUGGGCCGCACAGGCUGCUUCAUCGUUAUCGAUGCCAUGCUAGAACGCAUCAAGCACGAGAAGACAGUGGACAUCUAUGGUCAUGUUACCCUCAUGCGCUCCCAGAGGAACUACAUGGUGCAGACGGAGGACCAGUACAGCUUUAUCCACGAUGCCCUCCUGGAGGCUGUAGCCUGCGGGAACACCGAGGUGGCGGCACGAAGCCUCUUCUCCUACAUCCAGAAGCUGGCACAGGUGGAGGCAGGAGAGCAUGUCAGCGGCAUGGAGCUGGAGUUCAAGCGAUUGGCGAACUCCAAAGCUCACACGUCCAGAUUCAUAAGUGCCAAUCUGCCCUGCAACAAAUUCAAGAACCGCCUGGUUAACAUCAUGCCGUACGAGACCACUCGAGUGUGCCUGCAGCCAAUCAGAGGGCUGGAGGGCUCCGACUACAUCAACUCCAGCUUUAUUGACGGAUACAGACAACAGAAGGCGUAUAUAGCCACGCAGGGGCCGUUAGCGGAGACCACCGAGGACUUCUGGAGGAUGUUGUGGGAGAACAACUCCACCAUUGUGGUGAUGCUGACCAAACUGCGGGAGAUGGGCAGAGAGAAGUGUCACCAGUAUUGGCCGGCAGAGCGCUCGGCUAGAUAUCAGUACUUUGUGGUGGAUCCAAUGGCGGAGUACAACAUGCCGCAGUACAUCCUCCGAGAGUUUAAAGUGACAGAUGCCCGGGACGGUCAGUCCAGGACCGUCCGUCAGUUCCAGUUCACCGACUGGCCGGAGCAGGGUGUUCCCAAAUCUGGAGAGGGAUUCAUCGACUUCAUCGGACAGGUGCAUAAAACAAAGGAGCAGUUCGGACAGGACGGUCCCAUCUCUGUCCACUGCAGUGCCGGUGUUGGACGGACCGGGGUCUUCAUUACGCUGAGUAUCGUGCUGGAAAGGAUGCGUUAUGAGGGAGUCGUGGACAUUUUCCAGACGGUCAAAAUGCUCAGAACACAGCGGCCAGCAAUGGUGCAGACGGAGGACGAGUACCAGUUUUGCUACCAGGCGGCUCUGGAGUACCUUGGAAGUUUUGAUCACUAUGCAACGUAAAAAAAAGCCAUCUUUUGUUCCCCCCAGCCCCACAAUCCCCCUCCCCCCAACAGCCUCCUGAGCCAUAAAAACUUGCUUGAAAAACACGAUGACAACUAUAGAAAAUCCAUAGCGUUUAUUUCCACACGUCUUUUUUUUUUGGAACCAAUCCAACCAAGAGUUUCCCAAUCGGACCGCAACAAGCGCAGAAGCCCCAAUCUCAACGAGGAACCAACCGUUUUUUGGCUCAGGCUGUAGGGUGGGAAUGAUCCAAGUGUCGGACCACUAACCUUACCUCAAGUGUUCUGAUGUGGAAGACAAACAUUGUUUCUUUCCAGACUGACUCUAUGAACAUAGUACAUAAAACAAAACAAAAAAACAAAGGAAGGAGUUUUGCCAAUACACAGCAAGCACCCGAUUUGGUUGGUUCAUUCAGUGUUUACUAAACGUUUAACGUCUCGUGAGACUCAAGAGUGGAGAAGUUGGAGCAAAGGUACAAAAACAAGUUGGAAAGGAAACUUUGUUGGCUGCUCACGUCUCGGUUCAAGCCUCUUUCAAGUGAUUUGGACAAAAUUGGGGGCCACUUAAGAAGCAAUCCGAACCGUUCACCCACUUGAGAAAGUAAAACCCUCAGAUUGAAAGCUGACGGCGUUCUUGAGGCAUUCGAGGAAAUGGCAGAAAGCUAAUCGCAUCAGUUUCUUGAGGUUUUGGACCGUUAUUUGGUGCUUUCCAGCGAUGUAGCUCCAUCUCCAUCGUCUCGAAAGCUAAACCUGGAGAUUUUGGACCUGAAGACUCAACAAUGGUCGCACCGGAUAUGUAGGCGGCGAUAUGUGGUAACUCUGGCGUCCCCGGUGACCAACCUUCAUCGCCAACUCUUUAAUUUUUUUUUUGUCUUACAACUGUUUUGAUUUGGUUUCAGUUCGCUCUUGAUACCAAACAUGCUGCUUUCGCUCCAUUAUGCUGUAUGUGUACAUGUGAAGACUCCGAUUUAAGUGUGAAAGGUUUUUUGUGUGUGUGUGUGUGUGUGUGUGUGGGUGUGUUGGUCCCACCGCUUGGUCCAUUUCCUAAUGCCCCAAAAUGAAACCGCGCGUCCACCUUUGUUUUAUCCAAACAGCCCAUUGCUGGUUAUUUUGGGAUUCCUUGCCUCGGUUCGUAAACGGUUCGUUCGUUUACGAUUCGGUUCGGUUCAUUCGUAAACGGUUCGUUUAAUAGACGAUGGAUAUUCGCGUCAUGAAAUUGCGGUACAGCUAUCUUGUUGUCGUAGGUGGGACUGUUCUACACGCUCAUGCAUAUGCGUACGAGGGGGGGAGGGGUCAACUCUCCGCCGUCAGAUCUGAUUGGCCGAUCUGGAGAAUGCUUGAACCUGAUUGGUGGGAGAGUGAAAGGAGCCGUGUGUAAUCUUAUUUCCAAAAAAGCCUUAUUCUUGUAACAUCGUAGAAAACAAAAAACAAAAACAAAAAAAAAACACGUUAUUGUUGUAUUAUUUUGACUAUUAUCUUCUUUCUUAACAGACGUUUGAUUUCUUGAUUUUAGUGUUUUUAACGAAUACUCUUCUUUUUUUUAAUUAGCAAGUAAAGAUGAUGCUCAUUUUUGCUCAUGUUACGUUGAAAGACAUUCUAUUUUUUCACUGUAGAAAUGUUACGGCAGAUGUUUGUGCGCAUGUAUACAUAAACGAAUGGGACGUGAAUGUAUACAUACGCACUCACGCAUAUAUUUAAAUGCAGAAUAUAAUAGAUAUAUCCAAAUCUUCAUAUGAAUAGCCUUUUGUUUUGUUUGUUUUUAAGCGGGCGCUCAUUUUUAUACCGCCAUGAAAUCGCGUGGAUGAAUGAUUCUUUGUAAAGAAAAUCUCCCAUAAAUCACUUGCGGGGGAGAUUUGACUUCCUGUUGCUCAAUAACGAAGGGUGGACUACUUGUUAUUCAUCAAUAGUACUGGUAUUAACUAAAGUAUUACUUUUAUAUUGGUUUACUACAGACUGAUUUGAACAAUAUAUAUAUAUAUAUAAUUGAUACUUUCCAAAUUUACUACAAAAAUUGUUAAAGCCCAUCUCUCGCUUUCAUUUCUUUUACCAUCCUUUGGUUCUUUUUUACUUUCCAAACCACCGAAUGUUCGAUCGUUUGUUAGAUAUCAACUAUGAUCCUGAAUAUAAUGCCUGUAAAUAAACAAAUAUAUAUUAUAUGUAUUUGUAUAAUUUGACCCACGAGAUUUCUGUCUUUGAACAAUACUGAGAUAAACGACUAAAAAAAAAAAAAAAAAAAAAAAAA